AUCAAAGCAUCCGGGAACAUGGCGAUUCUGCUUUCGACUGAGUGACGGAUACAAAGAUUUUUGGUAAAAAUCCCUGAGAAAAAGUGUCGUGAGACAGUGAAAAAGGCGUAAAAUUGAUCUUAUAUGGGUGUUGAUGAAAGUGAGUGGUGAAAAUGCAGAAUGUAGGACCAUCUGAUGGGCUAAAACACGAGAAUAAAGUGAGUGUUAGAGGCAGCACGGGAAGGAAUAAUGGCAAAAUGUCGACACCAUCGAACAAAUUUACAAGUAAUACACCAAGUCCAACGAAAUCGGAUACAGAAACAUUUUCUGAGUUUCAGCCCAGAGUCACUGAUUCAUCCGAGAGCGAUGAGGAGUCUGUAUCUGAGAUUUUGCUGGCAUGCUUGUGUCUAAGGCCAGACUUAUUGGUUGACUCCUUUCCACUGGACCAAAAUGAUUUGGUCGAGAUACAAGGAUCAUGCUCAGAUAGUUGUGAGAAUGAUGACAAUGAUGAUGAUGAGGAGGAUGAUGAAGAUGAUGAGGAAGAUGAGGAGGCUGAUGUUCACAUUGGUGAUGGCAACAGACCCAAAUACUUACUAGAAUGUGAUGAUCGGGAUUCUGAUCAGGGUCAGCAUGACACCAAGGCUCGUUUAGAGGCACUUCUAGAAGCUGCAGAUGAAGCUGCCCAAGCUUUGAAUAGAAUGCGAUCUGACAGUAGUCCACGUGACAAGAAAAUUCUUCGUGGUUUCAGUUUACUCUCACGUUCCUUAAUUGCUGCCUGCACCGAUAAUGAUGUGAAUGCGGUACGUCGUCUCCUCGGCGAGGGAAAUAGUACAAUCAACGAGGGCACCGAUGAUGGCGAAUCUUUACUUUCUCUGGCAUGUUCUGCUGGAUACUAUGAGCUUGCGCAGGUGUUGUUGGCAAUGUCUGCUCAGGUGGAAGAUCGCGGUCAGAAGAAUGAUUGUACUCCAUUGAUGGAGGCGGCAUCAGCUGGACAUGUUGAUAUCAUUAAGCUCUUGAUAAGUCAUGGAGCUGAUGUAAAUGCCCAAUCAUCAACUGUCACUCCAAUAGGUAAUACACCUCUCAUGUAUGCGUGUGCUGGUGGACAUGUGGCAGCCGUACAAGAGCUACUAGCACAUGGUGCCAAUGUUGAGGAUCACAAUGAGAAUGGUCAUACACCACUGAUGGAAGCUGCAUCAGCUGGACAUGUUGAAGUUGCCAAGAUCCUUCUCGAACAUGGCGCCGGCAUCAAUACCCAUUCGAAUGAGUUCAAGGAAAGUGCUCUUACGCUUGCAUGCUACAAGGGUCACCUCGAUAUGGUGAGAUUCCUGCUAGAAGCUGGAGCUGAUCAGGAGCACAAGACCGAUGAGAUGCAUACGGCUCUCAUGGAAGCAUCCAUGGAUGGGCAUGUUGAAGUGGCGCGUCUUUUGCUUGAUUCUGGCGCACAGGUCAAUAUGCCAACGGACUCCUUUGAAUCACCUCUCACAUUGGCUGCUUGUGGUGGUCACGUUGAUCUGGCAAUGUUGCUGAUUGAACGUGGUGCCAAUAUUGAGGAGGUGAAUGAUGAGGGGUAUACACCACUUAUGGAGGCAGCACGAGAGGGACAUGAAGAAAUGGUGGCAUUGCUUCUGUCGCAAGGUGCAAAUAUCAAUGCUCAAACUGAGGAGACUCAAGAGACAGCAUUGACACUUGCGUGUUGCGGUGGAUUUUUAGAAGUGGCGGACUAUCUGAUAAAAAAUGGUGCGGACAUUGAAUUGGGCGCAUCGACGCCACUGAUGGAGGCAGCACAAGAGGGUCAUUUGGAUCUUGUGAAAUUUCUGCUGGAGAACAAUGCUGAUGUUCAUGCUCAGACCCAAACGGGUGAUACAGCCCUCACGUAUGCCUGCGAAAAUGGUCAUACUGAAGUGGCUGAGGUGUUACUGUACUAUCGGGCAGAAUUGGAGCAUGAAUCUGAGGGUGGUCGUACACCAUUGAUGAAGGCCUGUCGAGCUGGUCAUAUUUGCACGGUUAAAUUUCUCAUUGCCAAGGGGGCAGAUGUGAAUCGUCAGACAACCAACAAUGAUCAUACUCCAUUAUCCCUAGCGUGUGCUGGUGGGCAUCAGGCUGUUGUUGAAUUGCUGCUCAAGAGUGGUGCUGAUCCAUUCUAUAAGCUCAAAGAUAACAGCACAAUGCUAAUUGAGGCUGCUAAGGGUGGACAUAUUGGGGUGGUACAGCUAUUGCUGGACUAUCCGCAUUCGAUGGCAAAUGCCAAUCAAAUGUCACAGACACCCAGCAAUGUCAUCAACAAUAGCCAAUUGAUGAUACAGGCAGCAGCGGCAGAGGCAAAAAUUCAGAAACAACUGCCACAGCCAAUUCAGCCACUUGUGCUGCAUCAACCGAAGCAACAGCAGCAACAGCAGCAGCAGCAAUUGCAGCAACAGUCGAAUCAGCAAUUGGUAACAGCUCCACCGGGUUUGCAUGAUGUUCCCGAAGCUAUUCGUGUGUCCAAUCAUCAGAUGCUGCAUCAGCAGCAGCAACAGCAACAACAACAGCAACAGCAGUUGCAGGGGAAGGAUGAAGCGGCACAGCAACAGAUGAUGGCAGCAGCUGCAGCUGCAGCUGCUGCUGGUGACGUUGCGGGGACAAAUGUAAUCCUGGAUGGGGUAAAGGGUGGUCUGACAACUCCGCAAACUGACUCAAUUCUCGCCCAGAUGCGCAUGUUCCAGAUGCAGGCGGGCUUCACGGAUGGCCUGGCCCAGGGAUUGGCACUGGCACAGCCGGGUGUUGUUAACCAAAUUGUGGGUAAUGUGGGCGUUGUGGAUGGCAGUCAGCAGUUGCAGCAGCAGCAGCAGCAGCAACAGCAACAUAUUGCACCACAACCACCGAAUAAUGUUGUUGCCAGUUCCGGACAACAACAACAAAUAACUGCCAAACAGAAGGGACUUUCGCGCAAAGGGAGACCCUCAGUUAUACCAUAUGAUUCCAAUUUGACAACAUCAGAGGCGCAGCAGGUGAGAUCUCAGCCUCUGGGUGAAGAUGAAAAUUCAAUCUACGUGACAACUAAUCUGCCCACGGCUGAGAAGAAGAUUCUGGAGGAAUUCCAUAAGAACACGACUCUUCAGGUACUGUGCGAAGGAGGUGUACCAUCAACACUUUUGCCAAGUUCUGCAUACGUAGAUAUAACAACACCAUCAGCUCAAGAAAUCAAUAUAGGCAUGUUAUGUGGUGCCAGCGGCAUAAGUUUCACAUCUGGGACCCCAAUAUUGGGCCCAUUGCCCGCCGGGGGCCCCAUUCAGUCUGCCGCAGUAGCCACCUUUGUUGCAGGUGGAAAAGCGCAAGAUAGUACGUUCCUCAUUACGACGAGUUCCUUUCCAACAUCAAUCAAUCAAAGCGUAACAACAACAACAGCAACAUCGCUUCAAGCACCAACAACUGCAAUUCCUUCCACAACAACAUCAACCCAGAUCACAGCACCGUCAGAAGUGUCGCAGAAUACUGCCAUUAGUGAUCGGCCAAAGGUGAAACCGGUGUCAAAGAAGGAUGGAAAGGGCAACAUUCGAAAGAGUGGAUCUGUUCUCCAGCAGAAUCAAAUGGUGUCUAUCUACAACAAUUUGCCUGUGAUUCCAUCAUCGGAGCAAAAUCUUCAAUUGCUGCAGCAAUCACUGGCAACACUGAGUCUAGCACAGCAACAGCAGCAGCAACAACAACAACCGGGUGCACCGCAGUCACUUAUUCAGCAACAACUAGCCAAUAUAACGCAGAAUAUACAACAAAUCUCCCAUUUGCAGUCGGUGAAUCGUCAAUUGCCACCACAAUCGCCAGUUGGUGGUAAGCAGCAGAAUCAGCAGCAACAAAUGACACCCAAUAUUGUUCCAACAUCAACAUCAACACUGCCUGGUAGUGGUGAGAGUGGCACUGAGUCCAAUUCAACUCUCACCACAAUUGCUCAGAAUUUGAACAAUCAAAAUAUUCUGGUGGCAAGUGAAAAUGAUGAGCAAUUGAAUUCACAGUGGAAUCAGAAGAUGUGGCAAAUGGUAGCACAAUUGCCAAAUCAUCCAUUGCAGAAGAUUGCCCAACGAUUCAUAGCUGAUCAACCCAAAAGUCCCACAGAAGGUCAAAUGAUGGGAUCUGGGGGUAGUGGUGCAAAUAGUGGACUGCCAACAUCACCCAAUAGCACUUCAAAAAAUAUUGCAAAUAAUAAUGAUUAUUCAGUCAUCUCACGCAUGAUUUCCGAAGUUGUGCAUGGUAUAAGUUCCGAUUUGAAUCCGGAAUUUGUGCAACAACAUCAGCAACAGGAUGACGGUUUAAUGCAUCAGAAAUCCCUUAAUGUGAAUCAGCAGUUUUUGCUACAACAAAAUGAUGGUCAACCAAUCGAACAAGGUGAUUCUGAGGAUCAUUUGCACAUGUUUUCAGUGGAUGAUAGUGACGCAGAGACAAUUGGUGAUUGUGAAAUUUAUCCAGCAUUGGAUGAAUCCUUGGAAUCGCUAAAUGUUGAUGAUGUUACUAAUGUUGCCACCGUUACCACCAUUGAUGGUUCAAAAGAAUCAAUCUGCAACUACGAAUGGGCUGAUUACAUUGAUGAUGCCAUCAAUGCACUCCACGGUGGUACUGAUAUACCCGUAGCAAUUCAGCAGGAAAUGGCUGCGAAUUUGAAUUGCCCAGAUUUGGCUGAUGCCUAUGCAAUGGGUAACCUCAUGGGUAUCAGUAGUUUCUGUAAGACACACUGGGGCAAUCAAUGGGCUCCUGCUGGUCAACCAAUUGAGCAGCCAUCCACGAGCCAGUCUAUGGUUAGCGAUGAUCAUCGAAAUCAAAUAAUGACGUUCGAUCAUCAGCUACAUCAGCAAAUUCAGCAGCAAUUAUCUGUUGAACAAUUGCAACUCUUGACUCAACUUCAAAAUCAACAAAACCAAUCUCUGUCUAUGAUUCCAACAUCAUCAAUUGAUCAUCAACAUUUAUCCAAUGCCAAUAUAACAUCUCUGGCAUCAUCACUUGCCCUGGCUCAGCCACAGGGACAAAUCCAGCAGUCCCAGUUGAUGAGUCAAUUGCCAACAACAUUGGAUCUACAGCAACAACAAAAUUUGUCUGCUGAUGCCCAACAGCAGGCAAAAUUUGUCUUCAAUGUUGAUAUUGAGAAGCAAUCGCCGGCACUGCAGUUGUUGUUCCAGAUGCCAACACAGCAGCAACAGCAGCAGCAGGCUCAAGCCCAAGCUGGAUCAACCAUUCUCUCCAGUCCCAUUCAGCAGCAAUUUCAGCAGCAACAGCAGCAAAUCAUUGCGUCCCAAAUUGCCCAAACACAGACCAGUGGUUUGCUGAGUGGACAGACUGUUGAUGUCCAACAGUCCAUCCAGCAAGUUCAGCUGCCGUCAAAUUUGACAAUUUUGCAACCACACCAGAUUCUGUCAAAGGCCCAACAAAUGCAGAAUUGUUCUCAAAGUUCACAAGCCGUUGCAACUCAAACACAGCAAUUGCCGUCAGGUACAUCAAUGACAGCAGUUACUGCUCUCGCCUCACACCAAAAUCUCAACAAUAUUAUGCCAACUCCUUCAAUUGAGGGAACAGUCCAACCGCCAACAUCAGCGGUGCCAGCAAUAGCAUCGUCCGUUGCCACCUCAACCGCUGUGAAAUCAAAUGGAAUUGUUGCGGGUGGAGGUAAGAAAGGAUCUGAUAAAACAUCUCGCAAGGAGAGCAAACGGUAUACGGUAGCAAGACAAGCUCCUGCCGGUAGUCAAGUAGGAUAUAAUUUUGACGCUUCAGGCAAUGCAGCUGCAGGAGCAGGAGUACAGCAACAGCAGCAACAGCAACAGCAACAACAGCAACAAUUUGCUGUUCAGAGUACCAGUCCACCGGAUAAGACAAUUGAUGUGGAUUCAGAGACAGAUUCAAAUCACGAUACAGCACUGACAUUGGCAUGUGCGGGUGGGCAUGAAGAAUUGGUGGAAUUGCUGAUAAGUCGUGGUGCCAAUAUUGAGCAUAGGGACAAAAAGGGAUUUACACCACUUAUACUUGCUGCAACAGCUGGUCAUGACAAAGUGGUUGAGGCAUUGCUAAAGUACGGAGCUGAGAUGGAGGCUCAGUCUGAGCGUACGAAAGAUACACCACUUUCACUGGCUUGCUCAGGUGGGAGGUAUGAAGUUGUUGAACUUCUACUUAACAUUGGAGCAAACAAGGAACAUCGAAAUGUGUCUGAUUAUACGCCACUGAGUCUUGCUGCAAGUGGUGGCUAUGUGAAUAUUAUUAAGUUACUGUUGAGUCAUGGUGCUGAAAUUAAUUCACGCACUGGCAGUAAACUUGGUAUAUCACCCCUAAUGCUUGCAGCAAUGAAUGGACAUACUCAAGCUGUCAAACUCCUACUUGAUAUGGGUUCAGAUAUUAAUGCCCAAAUUGAGACAAAUCGCAAUACAGCUCUAACACUUGCAUGUUUCCAGGGGCGACAUGAAGUGGUGAAUUUGUUGCUGGAGCGCAAAGCUAAUGUUGAACAUCGGGCUAAGACGGGUCUAACACCCCUAAUGGAGGCAGCUAGUGGUGGUUAUAUUGAAGUUGGUAGGGUAUUGUUGGAUAAGGGUGCUGAUGUCAAUGCUGCCCCUGUUCCAUCAUCCCGUGAUACAGCACUCACAAUAGCCGCUGAUAAGGGUCAUGUGAAAUUUGUUGAGUUGCUACUGUACCGUGGAGCAGCUGUAGAGGUGAAGAACAAAAAAGGUAAUUCACCUCUGUGGUUGGCGGCAAAUGGUGGUCAUUUGGCUGUUGUUGAGAUUCUCUAUGCCCAUGAUGCAGAUAUUGAUUCUCAAGAUAAUCGUAAAGUAUCAUGCCUUAUGGCAGCAUUCCGUAAAGGUCAUACAAAAGUUGUCAAAUGGAUGGUGAAUCAUGUGACACAAUUUCCAUCAGAUCAAGAAAUGACCCGAUACAUCUCAACGGUGAGUGAUAAGGAAUUGCUGGAUAAAUGUCAUGAGUGUGUUAAGGUGAUAAGGGCAGCUAAAGAGGCUCAAGCUGUCAAAGCCAACAAAAAUGCAUCGAUUCUCCUCGAAGAACUCGAUAUGGAGAAAAACCGUGAGGAGAGUAGAAAAGCAGCUGCAGCACGACGACGUGAACGGAAGAAGAAGAAGAAGUUGGAGAAGAAGGAAGAAAAGAGAAAACUCAAUGAACCCAAAAAUGCCCAAGAUGACAAGGAUGAUGACAAAGAUGAUGACAGUGACAAUGAAAAGGAUGAAUUGAGUCCAGAAAAUGUCCAACAACAUGAUAAAGAAGAAGGUGAUUCUGGUAUUGAUGCCAAUAGUCAAGGUUCAUGCUCGAGUGCUGAUGUUAAAUCGAGCAAUCUCAUGGAUAAACAGAGUAAGUUGAAUAAGUCCAAGAAGAGGAAGGAGAAAAAUACACCAACUCAGACACAGCAACCAACGUCAACGGUACAACCUCAAUCAACACGUUCGAAGAGUCCACCGCCAUCGAAUCAAACUGAUUCAGUUGCAGUGGUGAAGAGUAAGAAGGAAGAUAAUGUGAUCAAGGCAAAGAGUAAGGAGGUACCUAAAGUUGAAAUGAAAGAAAUCAAAUCCACCAGGGAGAUGAAGCUGGAUCCAAGACGAGGAGGAGGCGGAGGCGGAGGAGGAGAUGGUACUGAUACCAGGAGAGGUGAAUCACAGGAGCCAAAUAACAAUACAAAGAGAUCGAUUGAGAAGGAAAAUCUAGCUCCUAGGGAGGAAUUCAAGACCAAAAAUCAGAAAGCCGAGAAGAAAUCUGAAUAUACUAGCAAUGUUGUUGGUAGUCGAGAUACAGCUUCCUCCCAUAAAUCAACAUCUUCCUCCCAAGCAAUCCAAUCAAAUGGAUCUGAUCAGUCCAGUAGCAAUCGCAAAGUUGUCUACUUCCCACGACAUCUCUCUGAUCAUGAGAUCAUCGAGACGACAUCAACGUACGUCAAGAGUUCGAAGAAUACUACCAAGAAUAGUCAUGGUCAUGAUGACAACAACAGCGGUAAGACGAUGAAACAGAGUGGGAAACGCGAAGAGGGCUGGAAGGAGGUGGUACGAAAGAGUUCGGUACAGCAACAAGUGACAUCCCUGAGUGAGCCGAGUUGUAAGAAAGUAGCCGUACCAACGCAUGCCAUCUCAAGGGUAAUUGGUCGUGGUGGUAGUAACAUCAAUGCCAUCAGAGCAGCAACGGGAGCUCAUAUUGAAGUUGAGAAACAGGGAAAAUCACAGUGUGAUCGAUGGAUAACCAUCAAGGGAUCCCUUGAUGCAACACGUCAAGCCCAUUCGAUGAUUGGGAUGUUGAUAAAGGAUCCCGAUGUUGAUAUACUGCAAAUGUUGCAGAAGGUCAAUGCAAAUGUCAAACCCGUUCCACCAUCCCCCUCUAUCGGACCAAUUGGGUAUUGGGGUGAAAAACCACCGACAACAACAGCCACAACAACCUUCUCCACCUCCGUUUCUGUCGUCACAACAAGUUCCAUCCAAGCAAAAACAACAACCGGUGGCAAACAACAAAUUGCCAGUACAUCCAAGCAGAUUGCAUCGAGUAUUGCUUUGGCCAGUGUCACCACUACAAAGAUUCUCUCCUCUUCGGCAUCAGUCAGUUCGACAUCGCGUACGGCACAGUCAAAAGUGUAUCAGUCGAGUCAUCAACAGAAUCGACCAACUGUCAUCAGUAGCAGUGGUAGUGGUGCAUCAAGGGUGGCAAAUCCAGAAAUCCUGAAACGACCUGUAGUUUCGAGUGCUGUUAGUGUAUCAAGUGGGAGUAACAAUACAAAGACAACAAUGUCCUUCACCGGAGCCAUUAUGUCAUUGAAGUCAACGACAACGAAGAACAUAACACCAGCAAUGAGUAUGUCCGGUCCACCAGGUACCUUUGCAUCGAAAUUGCUGACGAGUCAGGCGAAUGAUGUGAAGAAGAUCAUGACAUCGAGUGUCACAACAAUGAGUGUCACUGCGACACCAACUCUCGUGGCCAGUAGUGCAUCGGUACAGUCAACAGUACCAUCAAGUGUGGUACAGAUGAGCCCUAAGCAUCACAGUGGUGUAAAUGCCAAUGGUCAAAAUCUACCAGCACCAUUUGCCAGCACAAGUCAAAGUGGCAGUGUUGGGGUGAUUGGAUCGAAUGCAAAACCACCAUUUGCACAGGCAAAUAUUGAAACGGUGGUUAGUUCGAGUACUGCACCAGCACGUUCUAUUACACCAAUUGGUCCACCAACAAACAGAAAUGUUACCCAAUCACCGUUGUUGCAGAAGCAACAACCAAUGCCAGUAUCAUCAUUGGCAUCGGAGACUGCAUCAUCAUUGGGAUCGACAAUUCUGCAAGGUGGUGGAACAGGUAGUAGUGGAAGUGGAUCCAGUUCCAGUGGAAGUGGAUCAAUUGCAGCACAGCUUCAGACGAAGAUAAGUCAGUUGCACGGUGCCCAGGCGCACGAAUACUCCCUAUUCAACGACAGCUACGGGAGUCAGUGGGAGAAUAAGCAGAUGUACAACAAUGUUCUACCACUGCAGGCGGAUGCGUCCAAGGCACCUGGGUAUCGGGGCAAUACGGUUAGUUCACCAGUUAGCCUCAAGACAAGCAGUCAAUCUAUUACACCGCCAUCUAGUGGUCACCAUCUAAGUGUGGCACCAUCAACGGCCAAUGUAGCUGCAACACUACUAACAACAGCAACUGGCGCCACACAGCCGUCAUCGCAGAAUCUAUCUGUCCAGGCUGCACCUUCGUCGCAGGUUUAUGAUCAUCUGUCCCAGUCCUCAGCUGGCAGUGGGAGUGGUGUGUCCAUCAUAAAGCCACCAACAACACAGACCAUCCAACAGACACCACCAGCAUCGAGUUUAGCGGUGCAACGACCCAAUAUGAGCAAUUUGUCUCAGGUGGGUGGAGGUCGUCCGGUCAAUGCUCCGAUGGACACGUACUCCAUGUCAGCAGCGGGUACUGGGCAGGGACCUGUGGGAAGUGGAGCUGGGGCACGUCAGAAUCUCUUUGACAAUCUCCAGUCGCAAUCGUCGCUAAGUGGGAGUGGAAGUAGUAGCAACAGUGGUGGAUCAUCAUCGGGACACCUGAUGAACUACAGUCAGAAUUCCGAUUCGAGUCAUCCACCGCCGUUUCAGCAUCUGGGUCUGGGUACUGGCAAUCCUCUCCAUAUGUCACGACUGAAUCCCCGUGCCACUGUCUUUUCUUCGAUGCAGCAGCAGCAGCAACAGCAACAGCAGGCACCACAACCACCACAGCAACCACAAUCGGCAAAAUCGAGUCAGCAGCAACAGCAUCCGAGUCAAUUUGGUGGUAUUUUCCAGCAGAAUCAGAAUACAUCUGGGGCAUCGGGUGGUAGUGGUGGUGGUGGUGGUGGUGGUGGUGGUGCAGGAAGUGGCAGUCAAUACAGCAAAAUGCCACCAAUUGCAUCGUACAAUCCAACACCCGGACGACCACAGUCCCAACCACAGCCACAGACGCAGCAGCAACAGCAAGUGUCACAGGGGCAGGUGAAUAACAAUGGACGCUGGUACGAUCUGUCCCAUCUGCCAUCACCCAGGGAGAUUCUCAAUAUGGAGAAUGGCUUCAGUAUGGGACUAGGAUCGCCAUCAGCCAUGUCUCCGAAUAAUCCACCACAGGCCACCACUAAUGGUGUCCUGUCCAGUCAAUCAGCAGAUGACAGCCGAAAGAUGCCACGACCCAUUGGUACUGAACGUGCCAGCUGGAAGUAUGGAUACAAUUCGAACGUAGUGGCUCAGACGCAGCCGCCGCAGAUGCCGAUGGAGAUGGACAAUUCGGGACAAAUUCAUCCGUGGAUUGUGGAUAAGCAGCCGUGGAUGAUGCCGAUGCGCAAUCAAUAUAUACCCACUGAAGAACUUCACCCUCACGAUCAUUUUUCGCACAUGCAGCUGGACUAUCACGCAGGAGGAAAUGUUGGUCCGUCUCCGCAAAACAUGAAUUUGAUGCAGUCCCUUCAGUACACACCAUUUAUGCCCCAUUCAGCUGAUAUUGGGCAACUGCCCGAUAAGAUAGAAUCUUGGGAACCUGAAAAACAUGGCUGGAAAUGGACAAAUUGAGUUAGGAAUGCCGUGAAUUUCAUCAGAUAUUACACCUAGAAAUUUUUCUCUACAUAUUUCUCUUUAUUUUUUGUUCCUCGCACAUAUGCUCCUAAUUCUCUUAAAUGUUUUUUCACACAUGAUAAAAAAAAAACUGUUCAUAUGAUAAAAGAAAAAUAUUUAUGCUCCAUGAACUUGUCUUAUUUGUACGAGAUGUUUGUAUUUUGAAAUUUGUAGAAAAGCUGAUUCCCUUAGUAAUGGGAGCUUUUCUUGGGAAACUUUUCAUGUCAAUCCUCCAUCCUGAAUGAACUCUAUUUUGAUUUUCUGAUAUUUUUUAUUUAAAUUGAAAUUGAUAAUCUCUUGGGCAAAUAAUGGAAAUUUAUUUUUGAAUAAACAGCUCUGGAAGAAAAUGAAGGGAGACUCUGAAAAAAUACCCUAUUCAGUGUUUGAAAUAAACUAACUUGCGAUUUUCACAAUACUUUCUUGCCCCUUAUUUUAUAUAGAAAUACAAAUGAAGAAGUAAUCCAAGAAAACAUAAAACCACACAUUCUCGAAAUUUUUAGAAAGAAAAAAAAAUAAUAGAGAAAAAAUGCAUAAAUUUAAUAAUGAAGAAAAUGAGAAAAAGAUAGAGGCAACCUUUUGCUGUUAUUAUUCAUGAGUAAAAAAAAAGAAAGAUGUAUUAAUAAACGUAAUUUAAAGAAAUGAAAAAAAAA